GUGGAGGAGUGACGAGUGCGGUAGCGGAGAGAAGAUGACCGACUGAGAAAGAGAAGAAAGACAGAAACAGGAACAAUUAUCAACUUACGAAACAUUCGGUGUGGAGGAUAAAUUGACGUGACUGGCUAACAGAUUACAGAAGUUCGUGCUCAUCACUGUUGCAACGUAGACAGAUCAUGAACCCAUUGGCGUAUUCGAUGCUGGAUUGUGGAUGCAGAAGCAGAGAGACCGGGGCCAAAAGCCCCCUGAUGAAAAGUUCUUGUGAAAAGGUUCUGUACUCAAGGGGAAACAUUGAGAUCACCGAAAGUUACAUCAAGCUCAAGACUUACUAUUUCCCGAUGGGUACUGCUAAGACCAUUAAGUUUUGGGACAUCAAGGAUGUUGAUAUUAUAAACCUCAAGUUCUGGAACACAAAAGCAUGGGGCAUGGGAGCAGACUGCCGCGUAUGGUGGCAUUUUGAUGGCUUAUGUCGAGCGAUGGCGAAGCAGCGAAGGAAAGGAAUUGUUAUACAUUCGGGUAAGAGUCCCUUUGCAUCUGGACUCACUCCCUGCUCCGACGAUUUUGAGAAAGUUUUGGCGCUGAUACGGGAGAGGAUAGAUGUUGAGAACAGGAAACUUCUUAGUUGAGAUCUUCUCGAUCGUUUUCGAAGAGUUCGACUAGGCAUGCAAUGCGUUGUUACGCUCGCUGUAUCAUUCUGUGCUUUUUGUUUUUGUUGUUUUUUCCAAGCUUUUGAUCUAAUAUUGGUUGACAAUUUAAUUGUUGACAAUUGUCAAUAAACUUGCUAUUUUCUCUU